AUGUCGACGAAAACAGGAAGACCGUCAUCUCCUCGACGGUUCUUCGCUCGUAUCUAUGGUCAUUUGGAAUCGACGAAGAAAGUGAAUGAGGAAGUGGAGGAAUCGAAAUCAAGGACAAAUUUGGAAUCUUCAACAAGAGUGAACGUCUGCGAAAAAACCGCGAAUUCUGAUUCGGAAACUUUGCGUUCCUCUCCUCAUGAUGAUAUUACACAAGUAAAUCCUGAGAGAUUGAGAAUAUCUAAAGAGGAUGCAAAAAUAUCUGAAAAGGAUUCUCGGCUACCGACCUUAGGAAUACCCUUUUUAUCUCACACAUUUUUUCCCGGUACCCCUAAUCACACACUGCACCUGACGCAACUCGCACAUCCUUCCGUACUUCCUCCGCAUCUUCAUGGCUUAACAAAUCAUCCGGCAACGGAUCAUCAUUUGCAAGGAUUCUCUGCCUUCCUCGCACGUCGUAGAAGAAAGGAAGGCCGACCAAGAAGGCAAAGGACAACAUUCAGCGGAGAACAAACAUUGCGCUUGGAAAUUGAAUAUCGAAGGGGCGAAUACAUAUCGAGAGGUCGAAGGUUUGAACUGGCUGCGUCUUUGAGAUUGACGGAAACACAGAUUAAGAUAUGGUUUCAAAAUCGUCGAGCCAAAGACAAGAGAAUCGAGAAAGCUCAAUUGGAUCAGCAAUAUCGAAACUUCGCCGUUUCCAGCGGCUUCGUAAACUUGCCCAUUUAUGGAAGCGGUAAUUUCUGCAGACUGUGUCUUUAUAAAGACGCUUUUGGAUCGUCCGCUGCACACUCGUGUGUAUCCACACACGUUACUGCCAUAAGUUCUUCGAUAGACCAACCCCAAUGCAGCAGCAGUAGUGGAAGCGAAAUGUCUGAUAAUCCGUCUACCGUCACAUCACCGAUUUAAAUAAAAGAUCGAUCUUCGUUUAGUAUAGAAAGGUCUAAUAUACAGUAUUGCUAUAAUCGAGGACAAUUUAUGCACGAGAUAGUAAAUCUCACACUGAUAAAACGUUUAUUCAGAUUUCUCUAUUAUAUUCUCGUCGAUAUUCCAUUUAACAAUGGUUAAUAAUCGAUCGCGUGUAUAACUAUAUCAAUUGUAUUAUCGUGUAUGAAAUAUUUGUAAUAUGUAUAAUGUCCGAGGAACGUAUAUUAAUCGAUAAAUUCAAUCAUUCUUCGAACCAAAGAAUACGACCCUCG